CGCGACUACAAAAUAAGCGGCCAUCGCACCGUCCCGGCAAUUGCUUUCUUGUAGACGGCAGUUGGCCGACCAAUUCACACUCCCUGGUCGCGAAAAGAACGGUAGAACGAGUGGCUGUGUCGACGACAGCGAAUGGCGGAGGCAGUGGAUGUAGCCGCUGGCAAAGCCGUGCCGGACGCGUCUGGCUCUGCCGUCGACGUCGGCGCCGGCACACAACCCCAAGAUCAGCAGCAGUUGGCAGAACAAGGGCCGCUGCAGCCACAACCCCCCCUUUGGCAGUCAGCGCAGUCAUUCCAGCACCCACAGGCCCAGGCAAGCCGGCUGUCCGGAGCUCCUGCUGCCCCAACGCCGGCCUCCCUGGAGGGUCCAUCUCCGCUGCCCUCUGCCUUCCCCAAAAAGCGCCGCGGCCGGCCGCCAGGGCGCCCCAACGGGACCGUGCGCGAGGAGGACUACUACGGCAACCCGCUGGUGGAGGCAUGGAAUGCGGCCAGGAGCGAGCGCGCCGUCUCGGUGGUCGCCGUGAACAUACGCGCCGCCCUCACCGAGCAGCUGCUCGUCCACGAAACGCAGCGGGCCGUCUUCAGCCUGCCCAGCCGUGAGAUCAUCCACUUCGUGCAGGGCUGGAUCACGCCGAAGCACAUUGCCUCGCAGCGGCCGAGCUACAUCAACGGCUUGCUGAUCCACUCGCGCGGCCAGGAUGCCCCCGUGGCCUGUGUGCAGUGCGCCGAGAAGCGCGCCAAGGACGCCCUCGGUCCUUUCGUGACCUGCCGCGUCCUGCCCGGCAGCUACCACAACAGCUGCUCUAACUGCAAGUGGUUCGACAACACCGCGAGCUGCUCGCUAUAUACGGGGCCCAAACCCAACCGGAAACGCAAGGCCAAAGAGCAGCUCCCUCCGCCGCCGGCCGACGGUGUUGGUCCGCCGUCGAAUGUCAACGACGGUCCCGACGGCCCCGUCGCCUCAACUGCCCCGACGACUGCCGAGCAGCCAGUCGCCGUACCCCAAGGGUACGAGCAGCAGUCUGAGUACCAUCCGCAACAGCCGCCGCCGCCAGCACCUCCGCAUGCCCAGCCAGAAGCCGACAUGAUGCCCAGCCCAGGCGGCCCAGGGGAGCCGCAACCGAUGGAGAUCCCCGCCAGCGAGACGGCUGACAACGGUUCCUCUGCUCCCCCCGAGCACCAGACGAAUGCCAACAGUUCGGAGCAAGCCGGCGUUCCAAGCCAGCCCGGCUCCUUGACCGAGUCGCAGUUCGCUUUGGUUAAGCAAGAACCGGACUCGGACCCGGACUCGGACCCGGACGUACAGGGCGCAGACGACGAUUCAGACUUCGUCGCUGCGCAGUUGGCUGCGCAACUGCUGCCCGAGAUGCAACACCAGCAUGUCUGAAAUGGCGGAGCUGUGGCCCUUGGAGGCCAUCAAAUGUCCACAUCACGAAUCGCCUAUGGGAUGACUGCUAGAAGCAGUGCUUGCCAUUUGACGCGGUACUCCGUGGACCAGCGGGCCUUGGCCAGGCUGCGUUGGGCCCCAUUCCCAGAUCGGCUGUACACUAUUGAGUUCCUUUCGCCACUGUCACGUCUAUCUUACUUUACGAUUACUUAUUGCUUCUCAGGAAACAUGAGGCG